AAUGGGAGGGUGUCUUCUUUCCUCUAUAUGACACAAGGAGGCGGCUGUCGCACUGAGCUGCGGACACCGGUGUGCACGCACAGCCGAGCAGCGCUAUGGCCGGAGACCAGCUGCUUCAGCGCUUCUACAGAGACCUCCCCAAAGUGGAGCUCCAUGCCCAUCUGAAUGGCUCAAUAAGUUCUUCUACCAUGAAGAAGCUAAUUGCCAAAAAACCACAACUACACAUUAACAACGGAAUGACAAUGAUAGACAAAGGACAAAAAAGGACUCUAGAAGAAUGUUUUCAUAUAUUUAGGAUAAUUCACCAGAUAACCGAUACAGCUGAAGAUAUGUUGCUGGUGACAAAAGACGUUAUAAAGGAGUUUGCAGAGGAUGGUGUCAAAUAUCUUGAGUUAAGAAGCACACCUAGGGAGUCACCAACAGGGAUGACAAAGAGAACCUAUGUAGAGACUGUGCUAGAAGGCAUCAGGCAGUGUAAGGCUGAGGAAGUUGACAUUGACGUUAGAUUCUUACUGGCCAUUGAUAGACGAGGGGGUCCGAUAGUUGCAAAAGAAACCGUAAAACUUGCAGAAGAAUUUUUCCAUUCUACCAAUGACCUUGUUCUAGGUCUGGACCUCAGUGGAGACCCAACCGUUGGUCAUGGAAAGGACUUCAUGGAUUCUCUCAGUGAGGCCAAAAGGUCUGGCCUCAAACUGGCUCUUCAUUUGUCAGAGGUGCCGAGUCAGGAAGAGGAGACUGCACUUCUGCUUGGAAUUCCACCUGACCGGAUUGGGCAUGGAACCUUUCUGUGUAAUUCUCUAGCCCUUGUGGAAGACGUGAAACAAAAACAAAUACCUAUGGAGCUCUGCUUGACUUCAAAUGUCAAAGGACAGACUGUCCCCUCGUAUGACAAGCAUCAUUUUGGAUUCUGGUACAACCUUGGUCAUCCAUCUGUGCUAUGCACUGAUGAUAAAGGCGUCUUUGCUACUGAUCUUUCUCUGGAGUAUGAAAUUGCUGCUAAGACAUUUGACCUUACUCCACAUCAAAUAUGGGAUCUUUCUAGCCAGGCCAUCGACUACAUCUUUGCUCCUGAAAAUAUUAAAUCCAACUUGAAGGAGAAGUGGUUGCAGCUGAAGCCAGAUGUAUGCAGACAUGUACAGUGAUAACCAGUCCUGGAAGUUCGUAAUUUUACUGACUGGUUAGUAACCUCAGCUGCUGCAAGGCAGAGGCUGCUUCCAUCUGCUGACAUAUGGCCUGAUUCAGAGGGGUAAGCAGUUCCAUGCACAGCUGUGAUUUAAUUUGCAGGGGACUUGCUAAUGACUCAGCCGCUUUCUUGUGCACAGAGAUGCCCACUUCUGGUGUCUCCCCUCUGCUGCUCAUGUACAUAAGCAGAAACAUCGGGGGCACAUCGGUCGCACUGUCUGACCGUUGGGCACAUCCUAUGCCAGUGGUUUCCAAACUUUUUUGAAUCACGGCGCCCUAGAAUAUCAGAAUUUUUUCACGGCAGCCCUAGGCCAAAAAUUUCUUACUGAGAAAUUUAGAAAGAAAUAUUACAUUAAGUAGAUUGCGUUUAUAUGUCAUCCUUAGGGUCAGUUGUGUGGUGAGGGACAAGAUUUGCUUCUGUUUGGCCACAUAUUUUAUGACUGGCAGCCACCAGCACUGGUUUUGCCUAUUCUAUUGACCAUGAAUAAUUUGAAUUGGUCCUGGACCACCAACCCAGGGCACCCCUGCAAGUGUCCCGAGGCACCCCUGGGAGCCACGGCACACAGUUUGGGAACCUCUGUAUGUGGUCUUAGACAGAGCGGCUCUCCUAAGACACUAGGGUCUCUCCAGCUAAUUAAUUUUCAGUGAGUGACUAGAUAAUGCCCAGAAAACAGUCCUGGCACUACUGCAUUUUCUUAGGUUUACCCACCCCAUUACCUUCCCCAAAUGCUGACUACCUGUCACUCACUUUGCUGCAUGUGCGCAGUGUGGAUUUGGUGCAUGCGUAAGAAAUUACUCCACUGCAUCUGACAUCAGGUGCUCAUACACCUAAAAAUGUAUCUUCCAAGCUAGCU